CGGACCCCUCCCCCCAUCCCGGCCUCUUUCCCGUUCCUUUUCUCUUCUUUCUUUUCCCUUCCCCCUUCUUUCCUUUCUUUUCUCCCUUCUCUUCCUUCCCUUCCUUUCUUCCUUCGCUUCUUUCCCUUCCCCCUCCUUUCCCUCCACCUUUCUUCCCUUUCCCUUCCUUCCCUCCCCCUUUUUUCCCUCCUUGUAUUCCCUUUCACUUCCUUCCCUCCCCCUUCCAUCCUUAUCUUCCCACCCCAUUUCCUUUCCUUCCUUCCCUAACUUCCCUCCCUUUUCCUUUCCUUUAUUCUCUUUUUAACUUCCGUCUCUCCUUCCCUCCCUUUUCCUUUCCUUCCUUCUCUCCCUAUUUCUCCUCCACAUUCUUUUCCUUCUGUCCCUCCCUAACUUCCCUCUGCUUUCCUUUCUUCCCUCCUAACUUCCCUCCCCUCUUCCCCCUUUCCUUUCAUUCCUCUCCUAUUUCCCCCUUUCCUUUUCUUCCUUCUCUUCCAUCUUUCUUCCCUCCCUUUUCCUUUUCUUCCUUCCCUCCCUAUCUUCCCUCCCCCUUCCUUCCCUAUCCUCUUUUUCCUUUUCCUUUAUUCACUACCCAUUUCCUUCCCCUGUCCUUCCUAUCAUCCUUCCCCCAUCCUCUGUCUUCUUUUCUUCAUUCCUUGCUUUCCUUUCCAUUCCUUCUCUCUUCUUUCCUUCCCUCUUCCCUCUCUAUCUUCCUUUCUUCCUGUAUUCUUUCUUCUCUUUCACUCUUUUUUCUUUUCCUCUUCAUACCUUCUCUUUUUCCCCUCUCACCUCCUCUGUAGAUUUAGGAUACUGAGGAAGAGGUUAGGUUCAGUCAUCUAUGGGGCUGAAGAGAUUGAGGUUUUGCUCUCUCAGCCCCACCCUUCCAGGACCACCCAGGCAUCAUCACCCAAAGAGCCAAAGAGUCUUUGUCCUGCCAAUUCCAGAAAUGACAGUGGCCUCCUAGUAUCAACUGUGUCCAAAGACUUGGAGCCUGCUCUAGCUAAUUGCUGUCCUGCAACUGAGAAAGAAAACUUUCUUGUCCCUAGAUUGGGGCAGGGGGCUUUGUACCCCUGCUCUGUUUUGUAGCACUUCCAUAGGGUGUCAUUUUCCUCCUCUUCUGACCCCUUGUCUUUGGACUAGGAGCAGUUGAAAUCCAGGUCCCUUAUUGUCUAGACUUAUUUGUUUGACAGAAUAACAGCUAUCAUGGAAGAAGUACUUAGAUCUACUUAGGCCAGGUUGAGGGUCACUGGCAUUCACUGAGACUGCCCUGCUUUCCUUAGCUAAUACCCACCAGGGUGAUACCAGGCCUCUGAUCCUAUGGGCUCUAACCCCAAAACAGAGAAUAGAGCUUCCCAAACCAAGAGAUUGGAGAGAGUGGGAUGGUUUUGCUAGCCUUGCCCCAGGAAUCCUGGGUAAUCUGUACUGCUUUGCCUGUCCCCUAUCCUCCUAUCCAAAAGUCACCCCUCCCUCCCCCAUACCCUUCCCUGGCCUCAGUCACUGGGCCCCAUUCCUCUGUCUUCCCAACCUGUCUCUUGAGACAGUGCCUCAUUCCUGUCCUUCACUUUCUGCUGUUACCUUGAAGAUUUCUGGUGAGCUGGAUGCCUCUUACAAUGUCUUGCUGAACCUUCGGAGCCCAAGGAUGGAAGUCCCCCCUGGGGGGGGCACAGCUGCCCCCGAGAGACCACCUAGCCUGGUCCUGAGGUCAGAAAGUGAAGAAGAUGUAGAGACUGAAGAUGUUGAAGAGGGCAGUCCCCUGGGAGCCCUGUAUCCAGCCAGGUCAUCUGGCCCCAGAAGCGUGGAGGGCCUCAGAGAGCCCCAGGAUAAUGAUGGUGUUGCUGAUGGGCCACCCCAUCAUGGCCUCGGCGACAGCCUCCCCUCUGCCUCUGCCGCCACCAGCGCCCACCGGAGCAGCAGCCGCUACCGGGAUGGAGGUGGUGCAGAAUUCCCUCUGGGUUCACCACCGCUGCUGCUCCUGGGUCGGUUCCCCAGCCCUUCGGACGGGAGGGGCAGCCGGGCACCGUGGGAACACCCCCUUUGUGCGGACAGAGGGGCCGAUAUCAGGGAGGAAAGCACUUUAGAGAGGCCGUCCGGCUCCAGGGAGGCUGGGGCCCCAUUCUAUUCCCAGGAGGCCUCCUUUGUCAGCGAGUCCAAAGCUGUACAUACUGUGAAAACUCACACUGAAUUGGGAGGGGGGCCGGAGCUUCGAGGAGCUCCUGAGAUUGCGGCUGAGCCCCCUGUUCCUCUGGGGUCCUGGGAGGACAGGCACCCCCACUCUGAACCAAAGUCCCUUGAUACUUUCCACAGAGAGCACUUAUUGAAGAACAAGAAAGGCAUCCUGAGGUUUGAUUGGUUCUCAGACCCUGAUGAGAAUGUCCACUAUAGGGAAAAGGGCCAAGGUCUAGACAGUGGAGUUGGGCAAUCAGUCCGAGCCCAUCCCCUUCAAGAGACGGCUCCCCCACUGACUCUUCCAGGUUUCAGGAAAAGCCCUGCGCCCAGGUUAGGCAAGAUCAGAACCCUGGACGCAGCAGUGGUCACUGAAAGGAAGGGGCUAGUGGCAGAGCCUGAGGUGUCUGAGAGGAGCCCUCUUACUGAACAUCCUACUGAAUGGGUCCUGCCCAGGCCCAGCCUUCAGGCAGGGCCUGAACUAGCAAUCAGUAAACAGACUUGGACUGUGAAUGAGGAAGAUUCUGUGGAGCGGCUGUCCCUAGAGUCUCCACCCUGUGGUGCCUAUGACAUUGAGAUGAGGCCCUACUUCUGUGACUUGGUAGAGGAAGCUGACAAGGAAACACUGGGGCAGGAGGAAGAUCCUGCUGUCUAUACUUGUAUCGAGUGUAGCAUUUACUUCAAGAAGAAGGAGCAUCUCCUGGAUCACAUGAUGCAGCACAGCCGAGGUCCUGGGCAAGACCCUGUAGGUGACUCCCGAGGGGGACAGGGGCAAUUCUCUUGCAGUGAGUGUGGCUGGGCAUUUGGAGACCCUGGCACCUUGGAGCAGCACCGCCGGCUCCACCAGGAGUCUAGGGAGAAGAUUAUUGAGGAAAUUCAGAAACUGAAUGAAUUCCCAGACGAAGGACGAGAUGCACGACUUCAGUGCCCCAAAUGUAUGUUUGGCACCAAUUCCUCCAAAAUCUUUGUUCAACAUGCCAAGAUGCAUGUCAGGGAUAGGAGGGACCAAGGAGCCAAUAGCCUGGGCCUCUCUGGUCGCUCAGGUGGUGAGGCCCAGGACAGUGCUGGCCACCUUGCAUACAAACACUUCAGAUCCAAUGAGCUACCAAUAGCCCAGGGACCAUCCCUAGGCUUAGGAAAGGGCCUUCACAGUUGCAUCCUCUGUGGUUUCCCGGCCCCUAAUGAGAAUGUUUUGAAGGAACAUGUGAAGUAUGCCCACUCCCACCAGCCCUGGGGGGGAGAUGUUGAAGCUUUUGAGGAUCCCGGCAGCCAGCCUGGAACCAGCCGUGAUACCUACAGUCCUGCUCGGUUAGCCCAAUUGCCUGAUAUGGGCUAUUUUGGCAAAGCAGAUCGGCUGUUUGCUCCACCAUGGCAAGAAGCCUCUGCUCAUUAUGAUCCUACCCCUGCCUUUGCCUUGGGGCACCAUCGGCUGGAAAGGAGUGGCCGGGUAAAGAGGGCCUUUCCCACUCCUAGCUUCCAUUCAAGAAAAAUGCUUCCAUAUAGUUCUACUCACAAGACCUUGGGAACAUUGCCAUUCUCCUCCGCCAAAGUUUAUAAUAACCCCUACAUCUUGCAUCCUAAUAAGAAAAAAAGUAUGGUUCACCUAAAGGACCUGGAGAGUGAUAUGGAUCAAGACUUCCUCACUGGAUGGGAGGAGAUCAGGCCCUCAGGGUCAUAUGCCAGUGACAUGGGGAGCAUGGAGGAAGAGAUGUCAACCACUGAGAUUGACUUCCCCCAGACCCAAAACUUUAACCCUGACACCAUCCCCCAACCUGCUUUGGAGCUCAAGAGAUCUUUUCGAGAUGCCCUGCAGAAGGCUGAGUCCUCAGAGGCACAGCAGCACCAGCUGCGGAAGAUGGUCCCUAUUGUCCUUGUGGAGGAGAUGAAUCUACAACCCUCCCAGGGACCUUUCCAAGCUCCAGGUCAGCUGGCAAAGCCCCAAGGGGCCACCUCUUCCACAGAGCUGAUGCUGGAUGGGCCUAUCCCUCUGGAUUUCUUGCUUCUGGACUCCCCACUUGAAGGGCCCUUGGGGAUUGAUGACCUCUUUGACUCAGACUCCCCCAUGCUAAAGAAUGAGGAGAGGAAGUGUCCCUACUGCCCAGACAGGUUUCACAACGGGAUUGGUCUGGCUAACCAUGUUCGGGGCCACUUGAACCGUGUAGGGGUGAGCUACAAUGUUCGGCAUUUCAUCUCUGCUGAGGAAGUAAAAGCAAUCGAGCAAAAGUUCUCCUUCCAAAAGAAGAAGAAAAAAGGUAUUGCCAACUUUGAUCCCAGCACAUUCAGCCUGAUGCGCUGUGAGUUCUGUGGAGCAGGCUUUGAUACCCGAGCAGGUCUUUCUAGCCAUGCCCGGGCUCACCUUCGAGACUUCGGCAUCACGAACUGGGAGCUCACAAUUUCACCCAUCAACAUUCUCAAGGAGCUUCUGGCUGCCUCAGCUGAGCGCCCUGUUUUGGUAGCCCCAGGCCCAGGGGAGCCUGGGUCCCCAGGCUGUGAUCGGGAGAUGCUGGGCUUUGGCCCACCCACCCUGAUGACUGUGUCUGAGUGCAGAGGGCGGGGCUCACCACUCUCACCAUUCCCCCAAGCCUGGGGUGAUGAGUUGGGGCCAAUCUACCGAGAUGUCCUGGCCUCUGAAGAAGAAGAGAUGGUGGCUGUGGAGCUGGCCCCACCCCCACUCCCAAAGAAGAGUACUCUUCCCCCCGGGCAGCUAGAGCAUGUCACCAGCAGGUUGGGUAACAAGAUGUCUCCAGAGGUCCCCCAUGGGAGCAAACAAGAGCUCCCAGACCUCAAGGCUCAGAAUCUGACAACAUGUGAGGUGUGUGGUGCUUGUUUUGAGACCCGAAAAGGCCUUUCCAGCCACGCGCGCUCCCACCUGAGGCAGCUGGGUGUGGCUGAGUCUGAAAGUAGCGGAGCCCCCAUCGACCUGCUGUACGAGCUGAUGAAACAGAAAGGAAAACCCGACAGCAGCCCUAUGCCCCUACCCUUGGCCAAGAAAUCCGGCUCCCCAAAGGAGGCAGCUGUUGCCUCUCCCCGUCCAGCCCUGCUGGCCCUCAGCAAGGCAGUUGACAGAUCCCCUGACACCCCCAUCAACAAGGCCAUCAAGUCACCCCCUGGCUUCUCAUCCAAGGGCCUUUCCCACCCACCAGGCUCCCCUCUCCUCAAGAAGGUGCCGCCUGCCUUGUCGGGGUCCCCCCCACCCAAGAACCCUGAGGACAAGAGCCCCAAGCUGCCCCUGAGCCCCCUGUCAGGCUCCCCGAAGGCGCAGUGGCCCCAACCAGAGGAUGAGGGGCCCCUGAACCUCAGUGAGUUGGGAUUUUUUAAGCUGGCUUUAGAUAGUGAUUCGGGCAGAGAGCUUGAUUGCCAGUUGUGCGGGGCCUGGUUUGAGACCAGAAAGGGCCUGUCCAGUCACGCCAGAGCCCACCUGCGCCACCUGGGGGUGAGCGACCCGGAUGCCAAGGGAUCCCCCAUAGACGUGCUUCACGAGCUCAUCAAGAGCGACGGCUUCCAGACCCGCCUCCCAGCAGAGCGGGAGGUGCUGGCAGAGCCUGGGCGGUCUGGCCUUUCGGCCCUCCGGCCCUCGGCCACGGCUCUCUCACUGCUCUCCCCCCCGCCCGCCAAGAAGCCCAAACCGAGGGCGUCGGGUGAGGCCAGCCUUCGGGGGAAGCAGGAUCUCUCUGCCAGCAUAUUCUGGGCCUCAGACGUGGAGCUGUCUCCUCUCAAUCUCUCUUCAGGCCCAGAGCCAGUCAGGGAUAUCCGCUGUGAGUUCUGUGGCGAGUUCUUUGAAAAUCGCAAAGGCCUAUCAAGCCAUGCACGCUCUCACCUGAGACAGAUGGGAGUAACAGAAUGGUACGUCAACGGCUCACCCAUUGACACCCUUCGAGAAAUCCUAAAGCGCCGGACCCAGCCUCGGGCUGGAGGACCUCCCAACCCAACCUUGCCAGGCCCAAAAGGCCUGGCCAAGGCAAUGGGUGGGGGCCCUGGUAGCUCCCUGGAGGCCCGAAGUGCUUCAGACCUGCAUGUACCUCCUCCCAAGAAGCUGCAGCCAUCUAGUAGCCCCAUGGGCCACUCGCCUACCACCUCUCCACCCCCGACUGCUCGGAAGAUGUUCCCUGGUCUGCCACCUCCCUCCCUCCAGAAGAAACUGAAGCCUGAUCAGAUGCGGAUGGAGAUCAAACGAGAGAUGUUGGCUGGAAGCCUGCACAGUGAAGGCCAUCCGUCUGAUGGACCCUGGUCACCUCGUGAGGACAUGGCACCCCUGAAUCUAUCUUCCCGGGCUGAGCCAGUCCGAGACAUCCGUUGUGAGUUCUGUGGAGAGUUCUUUGAGAACCGAAAGGGCCUAUCAAGCCAUGCACGCUCCCACUUACGGCAGAUGGGGGUGACAGAGUGGUCAGUCAAUGGUUCACCCAUUGACACUCUGCGAGAGAUCCUGAAGAAAAAGUCCAAACCAUGUCUCAUUAAGAAGGAACCUGCUGCAGGCGAACUGCCCUCUCCCCUGGGUGAGGAUGGGCCCAAGUCUCCUGGGAAAGUGCUUCAGGCCCUUUCUCUGACCCCUUUGGCUGGUCGUCCAGGCAAACCUGGGCCUGGCUCAGCCAACCUACCCCGAGAGAUGAGCCUCUCACCCCUUGCCACCAAGCCAUCUGCUGGUUUCCUCACCCCCAUGGCAGCAAAACGGCCACUGCCUGAGGAUCGACUUCUCUCUGGGGAAAUGAAGCCCAAGACUUAUAUACAGACAGAGCUGCCCUUCAAGACAAAGACCAUUCAUGACAAAAGUUCACACACUUCUAGUGAGGCCUGUUGUGAGCUAUGUGGCCUCUAUUUUGAGAAUCGUAAGGCCCUGGCCAGCCAUGCUCGAGCUCACUUGCGACAGUUUGGGGUGACAGAAUGGUGUGUGAACGGCUCCCCAAUUGAGACCCUGAGCGAGUGGAUCAAGCACAGACCCCAGAAAGUGGGAGCCUACCGAAGUUACAUCCAGGGUGGCCGACCUUUCACCAAGAAGUUCCGUAACUCAGGCCAUGGGCGUGAUGGAGACAAACGAGUGCCCCUUACCUUGGCUCCCAACAGCCUCACCCUGGUGAACAAGAAUCUGGGUGGUGAACUAGGACCUGGAGAAGCUGGCCGGACUGGAGAUGGCAGUGGACCCCUGGCAUCCUCACCUCUGGCUUUGGUGAAGGCAGAAGAACACCAACGUCAGAAUAUCAAUAAAUUUGAGCGCAGACAAGCUCGACCUCUGGAUACAACCUCAUCUCGGGGUGAGGAGGCCAGUGACUUCCAGCAGAAGCUGGAAGAAGUACGACAGCCACCACCUAGAGUAAGACCUGUCCCCUCACUGGUCCCCCGCCCUCCUCAGACAUCUUUGGUGAAGUUUGUGGGCAACAUCUACACCUUGAAAUGCAGGUUCUGUGAAGUCGAGUUCCAGGGCCCCCUCUCCAUCCAGGAGGAGUGGGUACGGCACCUCCAGAGGCACAUCCUGGAAAUGAACUUCUCCAAAGCAGAGCCCCGGCCUGUGGAGCCUGAGGCCCCCGAGGCACAGACAGUGGCAGAGGCUCAGUAAUGGGAGGCAGCGUGAAGCAUUCCAGAGCCACCUCUCUUUCUUCCUUUCUCUCUCUGUUGGUUUCACCCUUUCUCUCUUCACCAACCUCCUCUGUUCCAUUUUCAAAGGAGCAAGUCACAACCUCAACACUCAGGCCCAGGCCAAGACCCUGGUGCCCUAAGCGUGAACACUACAGAUGAUGACAAGUUGUUUUCCUAGCCUCCCCUUUCUCUUUUCCUUCCUCUCUUCCUUGGGCUUGGGACUACCCUAACCAGGGGGCAAUAGUGCAAAGAGGACAUUUCUCCCCAUGGGUUCUAGGGCAAAACUCAUAUCCAUGAGCACUCAAGUCUUGCUUGUGCUGGGAGGGAGAGAGGUGGCUUGCUUCUUUCUGUAUGUGGCCAAGCAGAUUAGAAAUCUGCAAAGGGCCAAGGAGGAUAGUUCCUCUGUUGGGACCCUGGAGAGGGAGUAAGGCAGUCUGUCUCCACUCAGUUAAUUGUGUGUAGACUCCCAAAGCCCUUAUCUGUUUGCUGCCUCAAGCACCAGGUGGUUAAUAAUAACCAUGUGGUUCCUCUUUUGCCCCAGGUUGGCUGCAUGAUAGUCCUCACUACUUCUGACCUCUCCCCAAACCCCUAAACAUAUCCCACCCUCCACACACUCCCAGGGCAUCUUAUUUCAUGGGGGAAUAUGCCCUUCCUUACUUUCUUCCCUCUCUACCCCACUAGAUGCCCAGUUAAAUGAGUGCAUCAUUCCCACGGUGCUUGCUCCAGGGCCCUCUGAUGCCUGGUGUGGGGGCCAGCGUUGGCCUCAGGCCUUCCACAAUGCCAGGCUGGGGAGCACUGAUAGCCUAUAAUGCCACGGAAAUCACUGGUGGCCCCCAAGCAGCCUGAGGCCCUGAGAGGGGUUUUCCCUGAGAAAAAUUACACUCAGAGCUGACAGCUUUCUCCUGCCAAGUCAUUUCCCCAAAGAUCAGCAGGGGGUACUUUAGAACACCCCCACCCCCACUCUCCCUGGGAUGGGACUCUGUUCCCCCCCAUCUCAUCCCCCUCUUUCACUAUUGCUUUUUAUGUAUAGCUUCCUAGACCUUCCACUUUUUUAAACUAGUUUUGUGUAGAGAAUAAGGAGCAUUGAUUUUUAUUUUGGAGUCCUGGGCCAAGUAAAGCCGGGAGGCAAUUGACCUUUUAACUUUUUUCAGUGGCCACAUUCUGGUUAUUAAUGUACCUAGAAGUAUGUAAAUUAGAUUAAAUUUCUCUUCUGGAAACACAUCUGGGUAGCUGGAGAUGUGUGUGGGUGGGUGUGUGUGGAUGUGUGUGUGUGGAUGUGUGUUUUUCUAUAGGGGUGGAAAAAGAAACAUACCAAGGUCCUUUAUAAGCUAGUGGACCCUCACUUGAUCUGAGGGUUGACUUCUGCUAGAGGACAAGAAAGAAGACUUCAUUGCUUGGGAAUUGCAGCUGAUGAUCUUUUCUAUAGAUGGAUUAGAAUUGAACCCAGAUCCCUAGGGAUCUUUGGAAUUACUAGGGGCCAUUGAGAUUUGAAAGAGCAACUGUAGUUUUCUGAGCAAUGAGGGGCAAUGCCCAGAGGGUUUCUGUGCUACAGAAAUGCCAUCACUUUGGCAGAAGGGACCUGGCCAGUGGGUAGAAGAGCUGUGGUUACUUUACAUGGAAGAAGGAAACACCACCUCCUAGGGGGUUUAUCGGAGUUAGAAGCCUAGUGCUGAGAAUGAAGUUAGCAUUUUUGACUUGAUAAAAGAAAACAUUUUCUAACAAUCAGAGCUAUGCAGCAAUGGAUGGAAAUGGAAAGAAGUAACAAGCCCGACUUCCCAGAGGUGAGAGAACAGCCUGCAUCCCUGCAUAGUGGAAAGAACACUGGAUUUGGAACCCCAGCCCUGCUGCCUAUUACCAGUAUGACCUUGGGCAAGUUACAGUCCUACUUUAGACCUCAGUUUUUAAUCUUUAUUAGCACUGUACUUGGCACUUAGUAAGCCCUAAAUAAAAGCUUUUCAUUCAUAUGCUAAA